AUGGCAUCCAGCAUUACUAGAUGUGAGAGGUCUUUACUAGCACCUGACAAAUUGCUGGAGAAACCCGUAUCGUUUAAAAGUGUCGAUCUCGGAACGUGUAGUGCUGUGAGCAACCCGCAUCAUCAGAGUAGUUUGCCUCGUCAGGCACAACCUACACUUGAACUGUCGCUUAAGGAGACCAGCUGUGCAGUGACACAUAUUACUACUCCCGGAAAAUUUCUACCUCAACCUGCGUGCUUGCCAAAUGCAACCGUUCUUUUUGAGGAUGUUCCGCAUAAUGCAAGUGGAUUUAAUCAACAAAACAAUCUAUCUGUUGAGCAACAAUCAGGAACGAAUGCGACCGCAGCUUCAAAUGAGCUGCCUACCGGUGCGGCUGUUCCACCAACCGGAGCAACUGAGCUGUUUGAUUUUUCUGGAGGUACAUCCAGUUCAUCACGAUGCGCGACAGUAACCCACAUUUCUACACUUGAUUGCUCGCCGAAAGAGUCUGAAGCAUACGACGGCAUCGAUACAAGUGCACCUAUGAGGAAAACAAUCCAACUAAAUACGAUUGUCCGACAGGUUGAAGUUAUACCUGAGUUAUUGCCGAAAAAUCCCACAAUAUUCGGUAGUGCAUCGUCGGAAUCGAUUGCUACCGUGGAGAACAAUAAUAAUAAUAAGCAUAUCGGAACUCAGUCAUCUACAAAAGGCAUAGAUUAUCAGCAUCCAUCAACGUCCAAGAAGCAACAUGGUACAGCAAAAAAAGAAAGCUUGUCCGCAUCAAAUAAAGUGACAGUACUUUCCAGCGAAAAUUCCCAAGUUGAUCAGCAUGUCAACCAUGUGCGUAAGGAUGCAGUAGUACCAGAAAAGAAACGAACCACUUCAUUAUCAUCGGGGGUGGAAGAAGAUGACACAGUGGUCGGUGACUUGGAGAAUGUUGCACCAAGUAUUUUUUUCACACCGAAUGGGCUCACGGAACUUCUAAAGCAAACAGACAUCGGCAAACGUUUACUAGAAAAUUCCAAAAACAUCUUGUCCACUGACAGUAAAAAAGAGCUCUCUUCCAUCAUUGCUGCCUACCACCUUGAUAGUUCCCGGAGUCACCCAGAUUCCAACAAACGGAAGCUUUCAAAAAUUAUGCUGGAGAAUUAUGUCAAUUGCAUAAAACUACGCUUCCCCAAAGAAUCAGCUGACAUGGUCUACUAUUACAUACCAGCAGCACCACCAGAGCGAAGAAAUCCCGGUGGAGCAAUCCAUCAAGCGUAUAAACGACUGAGAACCGCAUCAAGAGAACGCCAGAAACGUGAACAGAUUCAUCAGGAAAAGCUUGAUCAAAAUGAUGGAAAAUCUGAAGACGAUGCCUCGGUAUUAGAAGCAAUUAAAUGGCUUGAUCUUAAUGACGCGCCGUGGGAUUUAGUGCUUCAAAAGUGGAUUAAAACCUCGAAAAGACGAUUCACUGACAUUAAGCAGCUCAGAGGAAAUGAUAUUUUUAAGAAAUAUCGUCAUUAUGCCACUAACUAUGGAUUUCAGUUGAUCGACGAAGAUUUUCGUUCUAUGGGAUUUCAGGAGGGCAUACGUGGAUGGCCUAAAAUAAUUUCAAAAUUAAGACCAAUCUUUGUACUAAAGGUGAAGGAUCAAUAUUCACUUUCCGUGCUGGAACAUAUGAUUCGCGCUGAUACUUCUGAAGAUAUACAAAUCUGCUGUUUCAUGGUUUUACUAAAUUGUUGUGUACAACCAUGCAAAACGACAAAAACCUUCAAACCAGCUAUUUUGACGGCACAACCAGACAUAUUGCUGUUUGCUCCCAAUAUCGAUGAAGCAAAAGUAGUUAUUCAAGACUUGUUUGAAGCAUACCACGAUCAUAAAAUUCCGCCUUAUCCAAAAAUUGUCAUUAUUGGGCGUGACUUCCAAUCGUUUAGCAAUAAUUUUCACGUGGUUUAUGAUACCAUUCUCUAA